AUGAUGAUCCCAAAACAAUUAUUCUACAGGUCAUUUUCUUCAUCGUCCUUUAGGUUGAAUGCCAAAUUAUGCGACGUAUUAAUCGUUGGUGGUGGGCCAGCUGGUUUAACUUUAGCAGCAGCUAUCAAACAAUCACCGCAUCUAUCUGAUUUAUCAACUGUUUUGGUAGACGCUGGUGAUCUAAAAGGAAAGAUAGCUAAUUUCUACCAUGACCCCCCUAAGACAUUUACAAAUAGAGUGGUAAGUUUAACACCUCAGUCGAAAGAGUUUUUGGAGGGAACAGUCGGUGUUUCAUUAAUGGAAAAUAGAAUCCAACCAUUUGACGGAUUAUACGUUACGGAUGGCUGCUCUGAUGGAACUUUGGAGAUGGAGCGUGACUCAAUGGGUAAUAUGGUUGAGAUUUUGAAUAUUCAGAGCUCGCUAUUGGAGAAGUUGCGUGUUACCAAUCCAGCAGCGCUAGAUAUCCUAGACAAGACUAAAGUGCAAAAUAUCGAAAAUGAAAAUCCAGACGACCCACAAUCAUGGCCAGUAGUUACGCUUGAUAAUGGCGAUCAAUAUAAAACACGUUUGUUAAUCGGGGCUGAUGGAUUUAACAGCCCGGUUCGUCAUUUCUCCAAAAUUGAAUCAAGAGGCUGGUUUUACGAAAGAUUUGGUGUCGUAGCCACCUUGAAACUUGAAUAUCCACCGUUCAAAAUCAGGGGCUGGCAAAGAUUUCUUCCAACUGGACCUGUAGCUCAUUUACCAUUGCCAGACACGAAUGCUACAAUGGUGUGGAGCACGACAGAACCAUUAUCGAGACUGUUGCUCUCCCUCGAGGACGACGUAUUCGUAGCACUAGUGAAUGCCUCCUUUGUACUCGAGGAUGCAGAUCUUCAGUAUUACUAUAACGCUUUAGAAAAUAAAACCAUUACUGGUCCGGAAUUGAUUGAAGACGUGGAGUAUAGAAUAAACGAAAAGUUUAAUUCGUUCAAAGACGACUCUCUAAUCGACGAGAAGUAUCCUCCAAAGGUGAUUGAUGUCUUGGAUAAAUCAAGAGCAAGAUUCCCACUCAAGCUUUCUCAUGCUGAUACAUAUGUCGCAGAACGUAUUGCCCUGGUUGGUGAUGCUGCUCACACUACGCAUCCGUUAGCUGGUCAAGGUUUGAAUAUGGGCCAAGGUGAUGUGGAAUCACUUGUUAAGGCCUUAGAGAAUGCUAGAACAAGAGGACUAGAUAUCGGAUCUCUAUUAGCCCUAGAACCAUACUGGGCAGACCGUUAUCCAACCAAUAAUAUGCUUCUUGGUGUUGUAGACAAGCUACACAAACUAUAUUCAACAGAUUUCGGACCUAUUGUGGGUUUGAGAACAUUUGGCUUAAACUUGGUAAAUAAUCUACAACCAUUAAAGGAUUUAAUGAUGGGAAAAGUGAGUGGGCCCAUGAACUGA